CAAAUGCUCCGGACACCACCAGCUCUGCCUUCUGUAUGGAAUCCAUCUCAGAAGGGUGUUCAGCACAGUGCCAUGGAGUUGAGGCCUCAACUCUCAGCUACUAGCUUAUACACUCUAUGGUUGCAGUUUGGGCUUGGGCAGUUUCAGAAAGUUGAUUCAACAAGUUGUAGGACGUUCCUAUGUGCUAGCCAGAGAUCUGGACAUUAUCAAACUGUAAAGAAACAAAAAGGAUAUCCCCAAAAUGUGGAUCUUCCACCUAUACUACCUAAGAGAAAGAAGAAGCCUUUUCCCAUUCCAAUAGAGAAGAUGAAGCAGGCUGCAAGGAAGGACAAAAAACUUGCAGAAAGAGGUAUAGAGAAGCCCCUGAAGCCUCCAGAGAAUGGAAUACUUGUUCCCCAAUUGGUCCCUGUUGCUUAUGAAGUAUUAGAUGCCUGGAAAAGUUUGAUCAAAGGCCUUGCACAGCUGUUGCAUGUUAUUCCUGUUUAUGGUUGCAGUGAGUGCUCGGAAAUUCAUGUUGCCCAGAGUGGUCACCUCAUUCAGAACUGCCAUGGUGCAACCAGCCGAACACGUCGAAGUUUUCACACAUGGGUCAAGGGUUCCGUUGAUGAUGUACUUGUCCCAAUAGAGUCGUAUCACUUGUUUGACCCUUUCGGUCAUCGCAUUAAACAUGAGACUAGGUUUGACUAUGACAGGAUUCCAGCUGUUGUGGAGCUAUGCAUCCAAGCCGGUGUGGACAUACCAGAAUACCCAUCUCGCCGAAGAACCAGACCUAUCCGAAUGCUUGGAAAGAGAGUUGUUGAUCGUGGUGGAAUUCUUGAGGAGCCAAAGCCAUGGCGUUCUAGAGAUAAAUCACCACUUGUUGAUCUUGAUACAGCUGGGGUUUAUGGGCGGUUUCCACCUCCUCCGUUGGAGGAUGUACCCAGGAUUGCACAAGAGACAAUGGACGCAUAUGAGGUUGUCAAGUCAGGUGUGACAAAGUUGAUGAGGAAAUACUCUGUGAAAGCAUGUGGUUACUGCUCAGAGGUUCACGUUGGACCUUGGGGUCACAAUGCUAAGCUAUGUGGGGCCUAUAAGCACCAGUGGAGGGAUGGGAAGCAUGGUUGGCAGCCUGCAGUCGUGGACGAAGUUUUCCCACCAAAUUAUGUAUGGCAUGUUCAAGACCCUACGGGGCCUCCCUUGAGGAGUGCACUGAAGAGGUUUUAUGGUAAGGCACCUGCGGUGGUUGAAGUUUGCAUGCAGGCGGGUGCACAAGUUCCUGAAACAUACAAGCCGAUGAUGAGGCUUGACAUUGUAGUCCCUGAAACUGAUGAGGAAAGACAUGUUGCAUAAUGAGUUCAUUCUAAAUUAUUAUGCUCCAUUUUAUGUGUACUAAUCAUGCAAAUUGGCUAGUCCUAAACUGCUAUAUGGAAACACACUUCAGUUAUUUAAAGACUAAAAGUCAUGUGAAUACAAAUAGUUUUUUAGCAUAUAAGAUUUCUGGUAUG